AGAUAAUGACACCAUGCAAAAAAUAAAUUUGUGUUGUGUUUUGUGUUCAUAUUCAAGUGUUCAAGGAUGUCUAAGGAUAGUUCAAGCAGAGCCAAGUUUAAGGUGUUAAAUAACCUAUGAGUUAAAUAUUUAAAAGUCAUUAUUAAUUUAAUUGAAUUUGCACUUAAAUAUUAAAUGCUGCAUUCUAAAUGUUUUUGCAGUCAGGUUCUAGUAAAAACGAAGAUCAGAAUACUUCAUUUAAUUCUCCAUAUAAGAAUAUAAUAAAGAAUACAAACUUUAACUGGGAUAUAAAUAGUUCUUACAAUGAAGAAAAUGAUUUUAAAAAGCAUGUACGUAAUAAAGUGAAAACCUUAUCGAAACUUUCGGGUAAGUCCAAAACUGUUUCAAAGAGAAAGAGACGAAUUCAAAAGACAAAUUUAGUAAAAAAUUAUGGCGUGUCAAUUAAAAGGUGUGAUGACUUUGAUUCAGAACAUACUGAUCUUGCAUUAACUUUAUCAAAAUCUCUUCAGACUAGUGGAGAUGAAGAUGAAAUACUUUCAAUUAAUUGUACUCAGUCUGAAGAAAACGUUUUGGCACUGAGGACCAAUCUUAAAAAAUUUGGAUUUGAAACAUCAUAUUUAAGAAGUUCAAAUGUAAAGUCUGAUGUUAGUUUACAACAAGAACAUAAAAAGCAUGGAAAGUUUAAAUUUAUAACACCCACUUUAUUUCUACGGACAGAAGAAGAUAGAAAUAGAAUAAUUGCAAGUAAAAUUGAUACUAUACUUACAGAACAAAACAGAAAUAUUAAUGGAAAUAAACAAUUCAAAACUGGAAAUCUGUAUUCUAAAAUGUUAUCUCAGUUUUACUGCAAAGAAAACAAACUGUUUAAUCAUGUGGAAUUAACAAAUUUCUGUGUUGAAAAAAUUGGCAUUUUGCCAAAAAAAGAAAAGGUUGAUCGUUAUCUUAGAGACUGGAGAACUAUACCAGGAAGGGAUAGGUCACCAACUCCUGAGAAAAUUAUUUUUGAUGGAAAAGUUAUACCCCCUAUGGAAGAUAAUGAAGUAAUCAAAGCAGCUAAUGUUUUUUCUAAGGAUAAAACUACAUUUAUUGAUAAUUUUGAUUCUAAAACUAAAGUAAAGAGGGAAAAUGUAGAUGUGCAGGACACUAGAUGUACAUCUCCUGAUUUAUUUGAAUCAGAUGAAGAAAGCUUAUCUCUUCCUAAUAGAAUUGAAAAUAACUGUCAUGAGAGUAAUACAUCUUCUGAAAAUAGCAGUAGAAUCGAUUUUAUACAUAGAAAUGAAAAUGAGGAACAGGCAUACUCUAUUUGUCCUUCUGAUAGUCAGUUAGAAAAGUCUUUUAAUGUCACUGAGUAUGUAAUGAAAAUUCUAAACCAUGAUAGUACUAUAUGUUUGAAUAAUUAUUUAAAUUCCACACAAAUUGUUACUGAGGAAGCAAUGUAUGAACCAUCUAAAGAUGUAACUAAUCUAGAUAGUUUAGGAAGUGUUAAUGCAGAACAACUAACUAGCAAACAAAAUAGCAAAACUACGGAUAAAAGGAAUUCAUAUAACAAAUUAACAAAAAAUCAAGAAGAUGGAUUGAACUUCAGGUGUAACACUGACUAUGUCAAAGAUGGUGAAAUUACUUCAAUUAAUUUGAAUAACAUAGACAAAAGUUUUCAAAAUAAUAUUCAAUUUUCAGAAGGACCCUGCAAUAUUGUGUUUGAUAUUGAGGAGGAUAAUGUAGAUGUAACAGAAGGUAUUGCUUUUAAAACAAACUCGGAAUGUUCUGUUUAUUCAAAUGUGGAAAAAGAUUUCGACUAUUAUCCACCAAUUGAAAUUAAUUGCGGUAAUUCAAAUAGUCAGAAAAAAGUUGAGAUUUCAAGUGAAGAUGAGGAUCAUUUACCAAUAAUUUCAGUUAAAAAGAAUGGAAAGGCAAAAUCAGCAAACUCUUUCUUAACAAGUAAUUAUGAAAGUUUAGAAAUUACCACCAAAAAUGAAAAUAAUAUUUCUGAGCAUCUAAAACUACUUCAGUGUGGAGAUAAUUUAGUACAAAUAAUUCAUGGUAAAAAUACAUUAAUGGAAAAAACAGGAAAACAAAUAGAGAAUAUUAUUUCUUCUAAUGAAGUUAAACCAACUUAUUCAAGUAAUUUUAAUAACGACAUAUUGCAAGAUAAUUUUCAAGUUGGUAAACGAAAUGAAGAGAACUGUUCUAUAUCAUUUCGAACACCUAAACAACAAGUAGCAAUAAAAGUAGAUAAUGUUACUCCAAUGAUUGAUUAUGAAGAUCUUGACUCUCCAGAAAUACAUAAAGAACUAGACAAGUUUGGUUUGAAGCCUUUGAAAAGGAAAAGAGGCAUAGAGUUUUUGAAGUAUAUCUAUGAAUCCACACAUCCAGUUUUACACAUUAAUGAUGAAUUUUCAGGAUAUGCUGCUGAAAAUGAAGAGGGGAUAAUAAAGAAAGUAAAAGAGAAUAAUUCCAGUAGCACUUGUAAAGCCAAAAGUAUAGAAAUCGUUGGAGAUUUAAUUUCAGAAAAGGAAGAUACAAUAAUCAUUGAAAGAAAACGAUCAUCGUCAAAACUCGCCACUUGUGCUGUACCUUUACAUAUAGCCUGGUUUAAUUUUAUUUCAUGCAAUCCACAAAUCAAAGAAAGCAUUUUGUUAUAUGAACCAUUGCAACUGGAAUCUUUAUGUACUUCUUUGCAAGAGCAGGGAUAUAAAUAUAAUAUUGAGGACAUGGUUCACUUUUUAGAUAAAAAGUGUAUAAAUAUCAGAAGGAACAACAAUCAUAGCAAAAGGAAUAGGUGGUGAUAAUUAACAAAUUUGUAAAUUUAUAAUUUUUGCAUGUUUUAAAAUUGUUUUAUCGAUUUAUAUGUAUGUACCCUGUGCA